AAUAUAGUAAUGUGAUCAUUUUAAUUGAAACGAAGGGAACAAUAUUAAUAAUUUUAUAUUUUCAAGCUAGUCCACGGCGCGCAACUUGAAACUCAAAAUUGACUUAUUGAAUAGACGAACUUCAGAAACGAUCUUUCAUCAAAUUGAGUUCCAAAUAGAUCAGCAUAAACUUAGGUCACCUUUUAACUCUUACACACAGAUCACAUGUUUUUCACAUCAUCUCCAACAACUCAAAAAAAAAGAAAAAAAAAAGAGCAUAUUAUUACACUGUCCACUGCGUUUUCUCUAUGUAUUUAUACUAGGCAUAUGCUCCAUUCACCUCUCCCAACUCCCAACAAGAAUCUCUCUCUCUCACUCUCUCUCUCUCCUCUCUCAACAAUGAAGCCGAACAUUCACUCAGUUGCACUUCUCCUCAUUCUUGUUUUACUCCUCAUCACCACCUCACACACUUCUUCCAGAAAGCUAGCAUCCAAGCAAGAAAUCAACAGCAAUAAAUCUGUUACAGAAAUGGAAGAUACUGAUUCUUUCCCUAAUCUGAUGGGGCUGGAAGAGUGUGGAAAUAAAGAUGAAGAGUGCUUAAACAGAAGGAUUCUUGCAGAUGCUCACCUUGAUUAUAUCUACACUCAGCAUCAUAAGCCUUGAAAUUUUCUGCAAAAAUAAAUUAGAUUAAAUUAGUUUAUUAUGCUGGGUUUUGGGACAUGUUUAAUCUUGAAAUAAUGUUUAUGGCUUUAUUUUAUUUUUUGUUGCAUGAUCAGUUGUCAGAACUCAGAACUAGGCUCUGUGAAUUUCCACUUAUUAUACUAGAAUGUAUUUGACAAAGUUUAUGAAGAUUAUAUUAGUUUAAUUUUCUAUUUUA